CGGAGUCAGACCUGCAGCUCAUCCGGAGACCUCAGUCAGUCCGCGGCCGCAGCGAAGGAAACGCAACCGAACGUGUGUUUACAGCUUUUAAAGAGCCAUGCCAUCAGGUAAAGUGCGCUCCUCUAGGAGACUGCGCUCCUGGAUUGUCGAACAGGUCAGCAGUGGUAAAUACCCAGGGCUGGUGUGGGACGAUGAGGCCAAAACCAUGUUUCGUAUCCCGUGGAAACAUGCAGGGAAGCAGGACUUCAGAAAAGACGAGGACGCUGCAAUCUUCAAGGCCUGGGCUGAGUUUAAGGGGAAGUUGACAGAAGCGGGGCAGGACAGCCCGGCCUCGUGGAAAACCCGUCUGCGCUGCGCCCUCAACAAAAGCCCAGAGUUUAAGGAAGUGAAUGAGCGAGCCCAGCUGGACAUCUCCGAACCCUACAAGGUCUACCGACUGGUCCCCAUCAACGAGCAGGGUGUGGUGGAGCCUGAGAAAAAGUGCAAAGAGAAAAUCAUCAAGAGGUCGAAGAGGAGGAGGAGCAGCUCCAGUCAGAGCAGCGACAUGAGCCCCGUCAAACAGAUAAAGGAGGAGGUCACAUCUCAGCUGCUUGUGGAGAAUAUUUUACUGCCAAGUGAGAUCCCCGUUGAAACAGAAGAAACCGUUCAGAUCGUCACCACCAUUCCAACAGACGUGGUUGAUGAAAUCACUCUGGAUGUACGGAUCGAGGAGAGCGUCCCCCCUCCAGCAGCAGACCAGGAUUCUUUCAACGUAGUGGUUCAUUAUUUAGGACACAAUAUCGUCAGUCGUUACAUCCAGGGAAGUGACGUCCGGAUAACAUACCCAUCCUCGUCUGUCACCGCCCCAACGCACGCCGCUCUCAACUGCCGGUUCCCUCGUAUCCUGCUGCCGGAGCCGCCCACGUCGCUGCCCCCAGGCCCCGAGCUGCAGGCGCUCUUCACACUGCUGCCCUUCAUGGAGAAAGGCGUGGCGCUCACCUCCACGCCGCAGGGGGUUUACGGGAAGAGGUUCUGCCAGGGAAGGGUGUUCUGGAUGGGGCCACACACGACCUCAACGGGGCUGCACAAGAUGGAGAGGAAGACGGAGCCGGUGUUACUGUUCAGCAAAGAAAUCUUCAAACAACAGCUGAAUUCCUUUUUCAACGGUGGGGAACGUCCUCAGUGUGGGAUCACACUGUGUUUUGGAGAAGAGCUGAGUAACACUGAAGACCCAUCCAGUAAGCUCAUUAUUGUUCAGAUCACUUUACCGUGGGCCGAGCAGCAGGUCCAGAGCGUCGAGUCCUUUCUGAAAUCCAUCGGCUUCCUCCAGUCUCUGGCCAGUCAGUCACCACAGGGGGAAAUCACACUGGACCUGGUCCCCGUGGCCGAGGGCUGAGGUCACCUCACCGAGCACUUUGUCCAAACGUGACGGGUUUUAUUCAAAAUAAGACAUCUUCUAUUUACACCCAAAACAAUUGAAAAAGUGCUGAGCGACAGAUUACAGCUGUUCUAUCCAAACUGACAUCACCCAAAUAAUUCCUGAAAAACAGACUAGAACAUUUAAAGUUUCUACUGUCGCCCAGCUGGAACACAACAAAACAUACACAUCUCACAGCCUAAAUUGCCAAUACUAUUGCACUUUUUGUCAGGAGAUCAAAUCUCCUAGAGUGAAAGCUUUUUUAGAAUUGAAAAAUUUGUUAAAUUGAGACAUUUGUAGAUGCACUACAUGUAAACCACCUCUUAUCUAAAAAUGUGAUAUUCAUUCAGUUCUUUGAAAAGGCCUGUAUCCAUGUUCAUCUAAGUACGUGGUUCCCAACCUGGUUAUAGGAUAGAAGAGUUCUCUGUUCUGUUCACUGUCUUCCGUUUGUACAGUUUUCCUGUGAAUAACUGGAUAAUUUUGGUGCUUUGACUUCUUUUUGCAAUAAAACAAGUGCAAAAUAUGGCUGAUCUGGAUCAAUAUAGGGUUGCGAUUAUGAGAGUUUCCAUUGAUUUUGUUUUACAUGUUCAAUUAGUUGUUAGGAUUAGGAAAAUAGUUAGUGGAUCAAUAUUUCCCAAUGCUACAAAUGUCUUGAAUUGGUCCACACUUCAAAAAUUAUUGCACAAAUUACUGAAAAUUAACAAGGCUGAACAACAUUCGGCUGUUUUUAACAUAAAAAAAAAAAAUUACUCAGAUUCAUUACAAUCAACUAAUUGCAUUUGUCAAACAUCCUAUAAGAAAACACUUUUGAUUUGAGAACUAGAUGCAUUAUUAAAAAUAUUAAAUAUCCUAAUGUAGGGAGUCCCCUGUUUACAGCUGCAGGAGGUGAUUUCACAGUAACACAAAAAUACUGUUGUCUGUAGAGGUGACAUGUGACCUCUCAUGACAUCACAAAGUCACAGAUUUAGGAGAAAGAAACUCAGCUUUGCAACCGUGAGCCUGUUUACAUGCACACCAAUACUCCGAUCAUUAACUGAUUUCUGGAGUUACCAAACUAUUCAAGUGAUCAUGUAUACAGGUUCAUCUGAUAUGGUUAAUCAGAUAACAGCAGUUAUCCGAUUAACACGCCUGGAUUUCUCCUCAAUAUUCCGAUGUCUUCCUGCAUAAAUACAGGUUAAUCUGGUACGUUUCGCUCUUUUACGUCUGCGCAUGUGUAAACAAAUAAAAUCAUAGAAAACUGAAGGUACGCAGUCAAACGGGAGCAGAAGACAACAGGAAGUUUGAGUCCACCAUCACUAUGUACAUACUGAACCAGAGUUUUCAGUUAUUACAUUUUUCAAGUGCAUGUACACGUAUCAAAUCUGAUUACUACAAUUAUCCGAUUACCCCCAGUUAUCACAUUUUUAUGGUCAUGUAAACAGGCUCAGUGACUCACCCUGCAGAAUAAACAAUAUCUCUAAACACUGAAAUUUCAGUGUAAUUGAGAGCUUGCUCAUUCUAUUGUUGUGCAGCAACAAAAUCUGGAUUACACUACGCGGAACAAGAGAAUCUGAGUCAUAUUUACCAACGGGCUGUAAAUAUUAAUCUGAGGCUUACUAAAUUCAAUCAUGUUUUUGUACAUAUCACCUUUGGUAUUAUGUAGUUGGAUUAAUAAGACUCACACACUGAAAAGUGAGUAUAUAAGCCUUCAAAGAUUACUUUACAUAACGCUUUUAGUGUUCCUGAAUAUGCUUGAGAAAUACGGACAUGGUUACAAAGUGUAAAUAAAGGUUGGGAACCACUGUUCUGUACAAGCACCACACAGCUAUAUUUCAACUACAUAUGUGUUGUACUCUGGUUGUAACUUUGUGAAAGGGACAGAUAUGUAAAGUUAAAUCUGUAAGAAAACACCACAGUAGAUUAGUAAGAUCACCUUGGUUUUUCAUUUUAGUAGCACUCCAAUUCAUCAAAUCCAACUUGGGUUUUUGUUGGAUGGAAGGACAGGCAUCAGUACUUUACAUAGGUGGUUAAUAGUUGUAUUUUAAUAGAUAAUAAAAAGUAGUUUUACACUUUUGUCGUGACAGAACAUGCACUCUGUGGGUCUGAAGAAGUGCUCAGUCAGGACUGUCAAAGGAAAAAUCCAACUUUAUACUUUCUCCAACAGAAAUCAACAAGGAGCAUUCAGUGCAUUUUAGGAGAUAUUCUGUGAGAAACUAACAUGUAAAGAGUGUAGCCACUUUGUCUUUCUGUGCAGAAAUAUCCUGCACAGAAAGAGUGUAAACUUGAGAUCAGUGUUUUACAGAAACACAGUCGUUUAAAGAUGCCCCACAGUGAACGAUUAGGGUUUUAUUUUAUGUCUGAGUGAUUUUUAAGGUGGUACUAUGGAGUUUCUAAUGGUGCAUGUGAACACUGUUCCUGUUUGCUUUUGCAGUUUUCCUGUUUUUGGCAGAUGAGUCAUUUUAUACAUUUCCUCUUGAAUAUUUACAAUUUGACUCACGUUCACCAGCCACUCAGAGAGGAAUUACUAAAAAUGACAAACAUUUGGCAUCAGAAACUGAAAAACAGAAUAAACAGGAUGUAUUGAUGUUGUCCUGUGGGGUUACUAAUUAACAUUUUGAUAACAAGACAGAGCACAGUGUUUUUCUAGAAUUUACAUGAUUUUUUAUUCAAAUGACAAAAAAUAAGUUAGUUUUUUAAUAGUUUUUUUAAUCAAUUAAUUUUAUUUUCUGGCUAAAAAUAAUAAAAAAUCCUAAGAUUUAACCAAAUUUUAAAGAAGUUUGAUGGUACCUUUCUUUCCUUCUUGCAAUCAAAAAUACAUCUUUCAGGCAGCAUCUGCCUAACAUACUACCACCUUAAAUCACCAAACUUUAAAAAACUGGAAUGAACCACAGGGCCUUUUAAUUUUGUCCACCCCAUUAAUAAGUCAAUUUAAAAAA